UUUCUUCGCUAUCUAUAAUAUUAUACAUUAAAUUUAAUUCCUUCCAAAAUUUAUCAAAAGCUCUAUAGUUUUCGCAACAUUAUCUACUUAAUUUGUGUAAACAACCAUUCGAACUGUGUUACUUUCAAUAGUGUUAGAUUAGAGUUCAAUCAAAUAUCAAUCGAGUAUGAAAUUUCAACGAAUUUAAAUUAGUCUUAUAAUUACUCAACCAAUUAAAAAAUGGCGAGUUCAAAUUCCUUUCGAGCUUCAACGUCUGACGAAAUUGUAUAUAAAGACGAGCACGAUGAUACUGCUUCUGAAGCAUCACCUUUGUUACCUGCAAUGGUCGCCGAAAAAGUUAGCAUCAGUCAGCAAGUUCUCGUUUCCCAAUCGGAUCUAUCGAAGGCGCGUCAUGGUACCCAGUACAUCGGCGCGAUUAUAGCUACUUUUGGAGCACUGAUCAUUGGUACUACCUUGGGAUGGACUUCUCCAACCACCGAUGCGUUAGAAGGUGGUCAAUAUGGUUUCAGUGUAUCGAAAGAUGAAAUGGCGUGGAUUGGAAGCUUUAUGCCAUUAGGAGCAAUUGUUGGAUCACUUAUUGUUGGUUCAUUAGUUGAUCUUUUGGGUAGAAAGAAUCUCAUCAUAGUGUUAAAUAUUCCUAUUACCAUUGGUUGGAUAGUAAUGGCAUUUGCUCCAUCGGUUUUUAUGUUUAUUGUUGGAAGAUUUCUGACCGGAAUUUCCAGCGGUGCUUUCUGUUUUGUUGUUCCUAUGUAUACUGCUGAGAUAGCUGGAAAAGAUAUCCGAGGUGCCUUGGGAACCUAUUUUCAAUUGCAAAUCACUGUCGGAAUUCUAUUAGUCUAUAUUGCUGGAACCUUCGUCAAUGUGUUCACGUUAACGUUAAUUUGCGCCGUAAUCCCUGUGAUAUACGCUUUGAUGAUGUUGCUGCUUCCUGAAACACCCUAUUUUCAUAUAAUGAAGAAGAACCUCUCCGCUGCGAAGGAAUCGAUGUCUUGGUAUCGAGGAUCCAAGUACGACAGUCAACCUGAACUUUUGGAAAUACAAAACGAUAUCGAAAGAGACGAAGCUGAAAAGGUUCCUUUCUUACAAGCUUUCCAGACUAAAGCUGCCAAACGAGGUUUGCUCAUUGGUAUUGGAGCAAUGUUCUUCCAACAAUUUUCUGGAUGUAAUGCGGUUAUAUUUUACACGAAAUCGAUUUUCCAGGAUGCUGGUGCUACCAUCGACCCGAACCUAUCCUCCAUUAUAAUUGGAGUAGUACAAACUUUAUCCACUUAUAUAGCUUCCCUAAUCGUUGAUAAACUCGGAAGACGGUUACUGAUGUUGAUGUCGAUUAUAGUAAUGACUCUGUGUACUUUUACCUUGGGAUUGUACUUUUACUUGAAAACAGACGCCAAAUUGGACGUAUCGGAUAUCGGCUGGCUUCCUCUGCUUAGUUUAUCAGGAUACAUAAUCGUUUUCUCUCUAGGAUUCGGUCCAGUUCCGUGGAUAUUAGUAGGAGAAAUAUUCCCUCUUAAGAUCAAAGGAGCGGCUUGUUCGAUAGUGUGUUUGUGUAAUUGGAGUUACGUUUUCUUAGUCACUAAACUAUUUCCAUUAUUUGUAAUUUGGUUCGGAGCUGGUAUAACGUUUUGGUGUUUUGCUGUAUGCUCCGCCAUUGGUGUAUUUUUCGUCGCGUUAAUAGUACCGGAAACUAAAGGUAAAACUUUAUCCGAAGUUCAAGCUAUGUUAGGGGAUGAAAAUAUUGUGCCAUCGACUCAAUACGAAGUCAAUCCACCAUUCGGUGAAACGAAAGUGAAAGUAUAGCGGUAUAAUUGUAAUUAUAAUUUACCCAAAGUGGACAUUUAAAUUCAACGGUUUCAUAAUCAAUUUGUUCCAUGCAUUUAUUAUCAAUAUCAAAGAAUUUUUUUCCAGUUUAUAUUCGUGAUGAAAAUCUACUUUUUUUUACGUUUUUAGUUUUAUAUUUAUUACUUCUUAUCAUAUCAAAAACUGUCAUUUUAAAUAUCGCCGAAGCUUUUAGUUGUCCAUUAUUGUUAACUUUCAUUUUUAUUUUCCUCCGCAUCUGUAUUACGUCUUAUUUAUGUAAGUAUUUUUAUGUCGAAAUUAUGUAUCAAAUGCGAGAGUGUAUUCCAAAAAUUGAAACGAAUUUCAGUGAUACUCGCGUUUAAUGUGAUACAUAAAAUACUACUGAGAUAUUGUUGCUUAUUUAUUGUUUAUUUAAGAAUGAUCUGCGUUGAUUUUGAUUAUUUUAUUGUAUCAUGUACCUUUAGAUUAGAUUUGUUACUGCGUAGUUACCAUGUUGUAUUAUUAUGUCAUAUCACAGUUUACAUCACAACCUUUGUUCAAUUGUUGUAGAAAGAAAAGAUGAACGUUGCUUUUUCUAAAAUUUGUGUACUUCCGCGAGGUAUCCGUCCAUCAGAAAAUAGCGUUGAAUAAUAUGAUGAAUUUUUGUGCAUUAUUUUCAUUCCUGAUUUUUUGUAAAUUAUUUGCAUAAUUUUAUUGUUUUUAUGAAUAAAUUAUGUAUAUUUA